ACAUUUACCAAACAUGCACUUACAGAUGCGAAAAUUUUGAAUUCAAUCCGUAUUUUCGAUUCACCAUUCAGUUUAUGGCGGUCUUUCAACGAAGUUAAACGCGCGGGUAAAGCAAAUGUCGUGUUGAAUAUAUAGUUGUGUUCCUUUUUGCGUAUUCGGUAUAAUAACUACACAACUACGGUUGAACCUAAUCUUUUCUUAUUUGAGUAUUUAUUUGGGAUUACACACGUUUGAUAUAAACAUGGAUUUAUUAUGCAAUGGCAUUUUUUGUGUUUGCGUAAUAAACAAUGGUGGAAACUGAAUUGUAAAAUUUAUUUCAUGCUGUGAUGGGUAACAUGUGCUUGGUUUUUAUUUAAUUAAGAACAACCAGUCGGGGUGUUUAAAUAACUGAGUGUUGUGAUAUGUGUUGAGAAAGGUUAUUUUGUGAAUUUUGAAUGAAUUUUGAAGUUGAAGAAUUUCGUUUGUUGUUUAAUUGAUAAAGUGGCUCCGCUAUGAUGUUUAAACUUUGAAGGAGCAAGAAAAAUAGACGUGCGAAUUUACAUAACAUUCAAACGAUAUAUAAAGAAAUACACUUGACAUUGCUGUAUUUAAAUCCUGGGAAUAAUUGUUUAAAUCAAGCGCUUCAGUUGAUUAAUGAUACACGCAAUCAGAGUAACAUCAAAUUUAAUAACCGAAACGUUUCGAAAAAAUAAAAUUCGGCUCCCAUAUAAUAUUCGAGUAAUUAGUACGAAAGAAAGCAUCAUCAGCAUCAAAAGGACAUAAAAUUCAAACAUCCUCAACAUUUUAUCAAGACAUAUCAUAAAAGUUUAGGCAAGCCGUAUUUUUUUACAGCUCUACGGAAACCAUUUGUAGAUAAUAAAAUAUUAUAUACACACGUACAUUUCCCAAAAAAAAAUAGAUAUCUAAAAACGACCCCGGAAAAAAUGCCAUCCUCCUAUGAAAAUUGUGGAAUUCGUUUUGAUUUUUUGCAGCACACUACAACCAUCUGAUAUAAAACUCAGCCGCAAAACCAUUUUUAUUUAGUAUACGAUAAUUAGAGCCCUUAAAAAAAACGAACGGCUUGGAGUAGUGUAUGUGUGGGAGAGUGUUUACGUAUACAUACAUAAAUAUAUAGAUGUGUGUAUGCUUAGCGCAUAGAAACGACGUCUUUAAUUUAUGUUCCUGUUGUUUGUGUUUAAUUAACUUCAUUAACAUAUUUUAAAGUGUUGGAACGAAGACGAAAAAUAAAAAGAAAAUAAUUUUUCCAUAAAGUAUUACAUUUUAUGGCCAUAAAACCGACAAAACUCAAGCAUUUAUGCAUGUAUGAAGUUGUAGACAUUGUACAAGAAGGGAUUACAUUGCUUUUAAGUACCUCAACUAAAAGUGAUUAAAACUGCGAAUGUAAGGCUUCGAACAACCGGUGCACCAUACAUAAACAGUUUGCAAAGUAACUAACUCUCGGUGGAACUUUAAUUUCGAGCUUACAAUAUUCAUUUAUGGCACAUAGAGAAUACUAAACUACAGGCGUUUUAACAUAGUGCUCAAAGAAUAACUAUUUAUACGAUAGACCAAGAAAGUUUCCAAUAAUCUUUAAGUGUUUUUUUGGGACGGUGAGAUAAAUUUUGAAAGCGAACAUUAUUGCAUACAGACUUGAAAGAGUAAUAUUGCUAAGAGAUACAACUCUACGAAUAUAUUCAGCAACUAAACGAUCCGACGAUAUGGCGUUGAACGAGGGUGGAAAGUGCAGUGGCGCAAUUUGUUUACUUUUGUUGUGUUGCUUAGCUCAUUGUUUGGUGACCACAGAGGCAGCGAUUUCGAACAGAGCUAAUAACAAAGCGCUCGCAUCAACAGCUGCUCCGAGAUUCCUGUCACGUGGGCAUACUUAUCGGGCGGUAGUGGGUGAUACACUUGUUCUGCCAUGCGAAGUUGAAAACUUGGGCGGUUUGGUACUAUUAUGGCGACGAGGUACAAAUGUGCUGACAGCUUCACAACUUAUGGUCACCCGAGAUGAACGGAUAAGACUGACAGAUGGAUAUAACUUAGAAAUAUCGGAACUGGAACCUCAAGAUGCUGGUGAUUAUGUCUGUCAAAUUAGUGAUAAACAAAAUAAAGAUCAAGUUCAUACGGUGGAAAUAUUGGUACCACCUAGCGUGAGAGCUGUUCCACAGACUGGACAAUUAACAGCUCGAAAAGGCGGCACAAUAACGCUUGAGUGUAAAGCAUCGGGUAAUCCAGUUCCAUCGAUAUUUUGGACAAAAAAGCAAAGUGAAGCUGGUAGCAGUGGGAAACAAUCGUCCAGAAUUGGCGAUGGUCCAAUUUUAACGUUAGAGCGGGUGGAAAGACAACAGGCGGGUGUGUACCAAUGUACAGCUGACAACGGGGUAGGCGAACCUGUUACCGUGGACAUGCGAUUAGAUGUUUUAUAUCCUCCAGACAUUUCUGUUGAAAAAUCGUGGAUUCACUCUGGGGAAGGAUUUGAGGCACAGCUAGUGUGCAUAGUUCAUGCAGAUCCAUCACCAACGGUAUCGUGGCUGCAAAAUUCAUUUCCACUACAACCAACUGAUAGACGUGUGAUGUCAUCACGAGGAAAUCGACAUUCAUUGAAUAUUCGUCAUGUACAACCCGAAGACUUUGGGAAUUACAGUUGUGUGGCCGAUAACAGUUUGGGACGAUCCAAAAAGUACAUGGAAGUAUCCGGUCGACCUGGCCCAGCCGAAUUCCAUUCAGCACCAUGGAGCCGUUCACAAGACAGCUAUAAUUUAACAUGGAAAGUCGACAGUUAUCCACCGUUGCAAGAAGUUCGAUUGCUCUACAGAAAGUUGAUGAUGAACGAAACAUUUCAACAACCAGGUCGAUGGCAUGAUGUCAUUUUAACACCAGCACCUCGAGCAGCAUCUGAACCCCUAUCGCAUAUUAUGUCAUUUACACUUAAGGCUUUGCUGCCUGGUUCUGUUUACGAAGCUAUUGUUCAAGCGAAAAACCGAUAUGGAUGGAAUGAGGUCAGUGACAUCUUCCAAUUUUACACCCAACGAAGUUCCCACGAACCGCGACUCGAAGAAAUGGAACAAGUCGCCAGCUCAACAUCCCGAAAUUCUGCAUCAUCGUUGAGAUCAAUCACAAGAAACGGACUGUUCGUAACAAUUUUAGUCUAUGUGUGUGCACAAUUUAAACUUUUGAAAACAAUCGGAUAAUUGAUUCAAUCCGAGCAUAAAAUUAUAAAUAUUUUUUAUUAAGAUUAAGGAUCUUUAAUCUGGGUUUUCUUUUUUUUAAAUUGAAAAGAAAAAUAUUGUUUUACCAACAGAUUAAAUUUUAAACAAAAAAACCACACAAAUCAACAUAAAACAAUGUUUUUUUGUAAAAAAUGUUUUUGUUUAAUUUUUUUUUUAAGUAUAAAAGUGGAGAAUAAAUUCAGUGAAGGUUAUUUUUUGUCGUUGAAAACAUUUUCUAGAUUUACAAAAAGUGAAAAUUAUUAAAAAAUUAAUCGAAACACAAAGAUAAAUUAAUGUAAAAAAAAAUUCAGAAAAUUCGACUUGACAUAACAUGAUUUCAUUUGUAAAAAAAAGUUGAUAAAAUUCGAUAAAGAAAAAAAGGAACGCAAACGCUUUCAUUUUGUUUAAAGUAAAUAAAAAAUAAUAUAAAUAAAGAACCAGAGUGAUAUAUUUUAUCAUUUGUUUGCAAUUAAACAAAACAAAGAAAUGAUGAACAGAAUUAUUCGAAACACAUCCCAUAUAAAACACCCCCCCAUAUAUUCUCACAUCCCGUUUAUCAUUUUCAGCAUUUAAAAACAACAACAACAAAAACAUAGAAAUAAACUCACAUUUUUUCACAAAUGGAAACUAAUAUUUUAGACAUUAAAGCUCUCUCACCUGUGUGUUUGAUCAAAAUAAAUAAAUGCACUCAUUCUCAACAGUUCACUACAAAAAAUGAAAAAAAAAAAAUAAGAAAAAAAAACUUUGAAAAACUCAUAACGUUGAAAUUGUUGCAAAAAAAAUGAACUUAAAUUUAGAAUAACGUUUAUUACAAGAAGAAAAAAGCAUUUAAAAAAAUAUGAAAAGAAAGUAAUUCAGUUUUCACGGAAAAACUAAUUAACAAAAGAAAAAUAUUUGAAGAAAAAAAAAAGAAAAAAAAAUAUUUAGAUUUAAGGAAGAAAAAAAAUUAAAAUUAAAAAACCAUAAAGAAAAUGUAGGUCGUAAGCAUUAAUAUUACACACAAUAGCUCACAAAUGACGUAUUUUGAGUUCUCGUACAUUAUAAUAUUAUGCAGGCAGGCAGCAGUAGCCGCAGCGGCAUGCACUAUACACAAUAGACGUUUAAACAAAAAAUAUUUAAAAAAUAGAAAAAAAACAAAAAAAAUAUUUUCUACACACGAGAACUCAUGAACCAUGUUUUGUGAUAAGAUAAAAGAUGAAAUUAAAUAUAAAAACCAAAAAUGAAAUAAAUUAUCAAAUGAUUAUCAAACAUUUAAAAAAAGAAGAAGAACAUAGCAAUAUUAAACAAUAAAAAUAUCGGGUGAAUAUUCUAUACAUAAAACUAUAUAAAUUAACACACACAUCACAUACACACCAGAAAAAAAAAA